ACGUUCUUAAUUCUUUAAUCUUAACAUUAAAAACUUGUGUUUAUUUUAAUGUCUUUUUUAAUUGAAUUGUCGUAAAAUGAAAAACUUACGAACUCACUGUUGGUAAAACAGGUUGGUUCGACUUAGUAAUGGCGACAAAAAAGUCACUGAAUGGGGAGAAGAUUUGGCAUUUUGAUGUUACGAACCCCGUAAAGCAUUCUAACGGAUUUACCAUUUACAAAGUAUCGUGUAAGGUCUUUACUGUAACUCUACCAGAAAGUAUAACAGAGAUAAAUGUCUGGAAACGCUACAAUGAUUUCAAACGUCUUCACAAAUCUAUGUUAGCUCUUCAUAAGGCGCUCCACCGCAAAGAAGAUUUCCCCGAAUUUGCAAAGCCAAAAUAUUUUGGAAGAUUUACAGAAUCUGUGAUUGAAGAAAGGCGGAAAAGUGCACUUGAGUUAUUGAACUUCAUAGGACGUCAGUCUCACUUACACAGAACGAAAACAUUCCAGCAGUUUUUAGAGAAGAAUGAAUAUUACAUAAAUGAACUGAAUGAUUACCAGAAUCAAACAGUGAAUUCAAAAUCUAACAGAAAAUUAAUAAUCUCUACUGAAACAUCAAGCUUUGAGUCAGAUUCUGAACUAUCUAUUGACCUGCAAACAUCAGACUCAAACAAAUCUUCUGAACUAAUUCCUUCCAUUCCAACCAAUGAUACUCAGCCUGUACAAAACCACAAGGACGACGAACCCAGCAAUGUUGCACUAAAGGAACCAAACAGUAGUGCUGAAAUUUGUAAUGGCGUAUGGAGUUAUCCGAAAGCUCCAGAUAACAUCAGCAUUAAUUCAAUGGAGGAUGAAGAAUUGGAAGAGUUUGAUGGUGAUGUUGCUGCAGUGCUCGGCACGACCCUACCGGAUGCCGACAUUUCCUUCUUUGACCCUCUACAAACUUCCACUACACACAAUGCUGACAAGUUGCAAACCAGCAACAGUUGGUUGCUAUCUGCAUUGUCGACAUGUGCUGACAUAGACUCUGCUAGCUCCAAGAACACACCACCGCCUUCCAAACAACAAAGUAACCAAGAGACAUUAGCGUUUGGUGGUGACCAAUCCAAAAUCCUUGAUACACAACCUGAAGAAAUUCCUGCAUUAACCUGCAAUCCCUUGGAACCCUCAAAAGCCCUUGCACAUGUUGCCACUGCUGUUGAGAGCCCGAAAAAAGCGACACAUGGCAAGAACAGUUCCAAUGUCGACAUUUCGGACUUUGAUCCGCUUGGAACGGGGAGCAGCUGCAAUGCUAAAGUGCGUUGCGGCAAGGGUGACUUUGAUGUCGCUCUCAGCUUGUCACUCGGCUCGGAUAUGAAUUCUGCCAAGAGAAAAAUGCCAUCAUCACUGCCUUCCUCUAAUUUUCUCAAACUUCCAUCAAAUCUGAGUCAGCUGCAACAGCAGCUCAGUGUAGCUUCACAGUCAAAUGACAUGUCUCUGAAAGUGGGUGGUAAAGAGGAUUACAUCUAUGUUGCUGCCAACCAAAUAUGCCAGGCCCAAGAAUGUGAAGCAAGUGGAAACUAUGAAAUGUCCUUUGCCUUUUACAGAAAUGGAGUUGGAAUCUUACUUCAAGGUGUUCAAGGAGAUUCCAAUAAAACACGCCGAGAAGCUGUUCGUCGGAAGACAGCACAGUACCUAAUGAAAGCUGAAGAUUUGUAUAAUCGACAUUUAGCCAAAGAUGUAAAUGAUGAGAGGCGAUGGGCCUUGGAUUCCUUGUCUCCACCAAUGGAACUAGACCCCACUUUGGCAUUCCUCAGAGCUCCUAUAUCUGAACUACGUAACUACAAAGUACUAAGCACUAUAGAUAAGGUGUUGCUAGUACUAGAGAAAGGUUCCAAUGAAACAUAUAUCAUAAAAACAAUUCACAAAUCUGGUGCUGAGAGAUUGAAUGUGAAGAACAUUCUUCCUAGUUCUUGUCCAUAUAUGGUUCAACUGUAUAAAUUUUAUGAAGGAGCAGAUGCUAUAUAUCUGCUGCUACAAUAUGCUUCCGGUGGUAAACUGUGGACUUACAUACUCAGUUAUUUGCAGUUAGGUUCCCAAGAAAAUUACCUUGGGUUCAGUGGCUCUGGCAGUGCUGGGGGUCGUAAUGUCUAUAAGGGUUGUAAGAUGCACAAUUCUUUAACAUUCCAUGAACAGUUACCAAAUUACAGUUAUAAAGAAGAACCUCCAGCCAAACAGCCAGAAAAUCCUGUGAUGACUGAAAGUGGGGUCAAUGACCACCUGGAGCCCAGUUAUAAAACAAGUGAUUGUGCCACAUCAUAUGCAGCUUUAUUCAUGAACAACAACAACAACAAUGCUGACUCAGCAGAGGUUGAUACACUGAAGAACAGCUAUACUGACUUGUCUGCUUUGUCCAAUGAUGCUGCCUCAAUAUCAGAAACAGGACAGGAAUCUGAAAGUCCAAGCCACGAAAGUUCAACGACCUCCACAACAUUUCCUUCAAUUCCUGAUGAAAUGUCUCUGAAAGAGCUUGACAACAGCGGUGAUGAGAAGUUCCAAGAAUUGCUGACCAGCAGUCGGCACCACUUAGCUGAAUUUAGCAUAACGAGCAACGAUAGUGAUAAGAAAUCCCAACGCCAUAGCAGUGGAUUCUCUGACAUCAACCACAUAAUCAUGGAAGAUGAAGCUGAACGAGAUGACACGAACAAUUCCGACACAGAUAGUUUGAAUGAUGUUUUUAGAGAGAGUGCAUCAGAACUACAGAUCAGCGAAUGUAGUGAUACCAGCUGUCAGGACAUUACAAAAAAUUCUAUUCAGUUAUUAAAGUCUAUUGACAAAGUCUUGGAAAAUCCAACAUCACAUUCAUUGACCACACAGCUAGAAACACCAAAUAAUAAAUCUUCUGUGAUAAACACCGCUUCAGACCAUAGUAUAAGUGUUGGACGUGAUGAGUUGUUCAGUGAAUGCAACGGCAGCCUUGAUGAUGUCUCUGAUGAAGAGGUCAGUAUUUAUGACCUUCAUAAAUAUUCCAGCAGUCUACCAAAGAUGCAUUCGCAGUCAAGCAGCCUUAACUCUAGAGAAAGAACCAUUUCUGCUGGUGAGGGAGAAAGUCUAUCAAAGUCACGUUUGUUAAGUGUUGUCAAGAGUGACUUAACAGAGAAUUAUUCCGAAUCUCAAAGUAUAAAAACCUUAGUUUCUUCUGUAACCAAAAGCUCUAAUCCUAAGACAGACUGUUUAGAAGGCAAUAGUGUAACAAAGAAAGCUUUAAACUCUAAAGAUGAGAAAGAAAGCACAACAGCCCCAUUAAAAGCUGCAACAUCAGACUUUACCAAUGACUGUAGCUGUCUCAGUCAAAAGUCCACCAAACACAAUACAACAUCAUACACAGGCAUUCCUAGACAGUCAUUUAUGGAGCCAUGUCGGUCUGCAUCAUUUGAGUGUGAUCUGAAGUCACCUUCAAAGAGUAAAGUGUGGAAAGUAUUUGAAGAAUUUGACAGUAGUAGGAACUGGUCUUCAGAAGUUGUGCUACCGGAAUCUUGCAUCAAACAGUGGGCAGCAGAAGUUGUGAUUGCUCUGUCAUACUUGCAUGAUCAGGGUAUUAUUUGUCGUGAUUUGAAACCUUCAAAUGUUCUACUUGGAGAGAAAGGUCACGUAUUGAUCUCAUACUUUUGUCAAAUGAACAAUGUUGACCUGCCUUUAGAUGAUUGGGCUGUUGAAAAUAUGUAUACUGCACCAGAAAUUUGUAGCAUAUCUGGACAUACAGAAGUCUGUGAUUGGUGGAGUUUUGGUGCCUUGUUAUUUGAGCUGCUUUCUGGAAAACGCUUAUCUUCUUGUCAUCCUGGAGGAAUUACAUCUCAUACUCAGUUAUUGAUUCCAUCUCAUAUCUCAAUGGAGGCUCAAGGCCUGUUGGAAGAAUUGUUAUGCUACAAUCCUCGUGAACGUCUUGGAAGUGGGAUAAACGGAGCUGAAGACAUCAAGGCACACCCGUUUUUUGCCAACAUUGAUUGGAAUGCAAUGGAAAGUGACUAUUGUCUAUCUUGACCCAUUCAGUGCAUUCCUGUGGAUCUAUCAAUAUAUUCAGAAGUAUUCUAUUCCUAUCAAAGUUUUAAUGGGAGAAGGAGGUUGUUGUUGUUUUUAAACAUAUAUAUAUAUACACAUAUAUAUAUUACUGUUUUUGAAUAUAUAACAUCAAAAACAACAACAAAAGGUCAACAAAUAUCAUUACAAGGAAAUGAAAAAAAAAAUACGAUUGACAUCAGAAAAUAAGAAAAUGACAGGAAUGGACAAAACCAUUACAUCAACAUCUCUAUCUCAUUUUUUGUUGUUUUUUUUUUUUAUGAAUUUCAUCUCAUAUUUGCAAAUGUGGUCCAUGUGUGACUUAACAUGUCAAGCUUCUUGCUUUUAAGAAGUGUGUUGUACAAUAUAUAUACCACACAUAUUUUGUUGUCUUUAAAUUUUAAGUCUGUUUUUUUUUUAAUUUCAUUUCCAUGCUGGCAUGGGUUGGACUGAUAUAUAAAUUCAGGCAUGUAUGUGUAAUCUUCCCAGAGCAGGUCUUUUAGAUGGCUAGGUGCUGUCUUCUUUUCUCUGCUUCCAACAAUCAGUAUAUGGUGCUCUGCUUUUUUUUUUCUGUCCAUCUUAUCUGUCUACUAAUCCACCUCAGCUCAGAACUGCAGGGUACAUACACAACUCAUUGUACCCUCGGCUUACAUGUGGAGUAUCAUACUGGAGAAAAAGGAGACCUUAAAGGCACCUCUAUAUGGGAAGGUGGGGAGGUAAAUAUGUCAACCAUAUUGGAAGUAUUUUAAGUUUUCGACAUCAAACAUAAAAUGAAGCACAAGGAACUAAGUAAACUAUAUCUGAAUGAUAAAAAAAAAAAAUAAGAAUUUUUUUCACACUCUUAAUGAAAUGUCAUUUAUUUUUCAUGUGUGGAAUGUAUGAUUAUUAUGAAAAGCUUAAAAAGGCAGCUUUCUUCUGAGUUCACCCCAAACCCACCAGGUAAACUUUGCCAUUCAUCAUUAACAAAAUAACUAGUCAAAUUCUUGAGGUUGAUUCUAUAAACUAGAUUCUUCCUUUACAAAUCUGUGGCCUUGUUGUGCCCAAUACUAGAAAUCCUUACCAUGAAAAAUGUUUCUUAAUUCAGAUAUAGACUUAUUUCUGUGAUCUCACUUAGGUUUCGUGUCAAAAACUUAAUGACAAGCAGAACUUUUACUAAAACCUAGUAUUUAUUUGCUAUAAUUAAAAUAUAAAAAUAUA